CUGCCAUUCCCACUCCCACUCCCACUACCAUUCACACUACCACAACUUUUCCCACUACCGCAACUAUUCCCACUACCACAGACAUUCCCACUCCCACUGCCAUGCACACUACCAUUCCCACUCCCACUCCCACUACCAUUCCUAUUCCUAUUCCCACUCCCACUCCCACUCCCAAUCCCACUACCACUACCACUACCAUUCCCACUCCCACUCCCACUCCCACUCCCACUACCAUUCCCACUACCACAACCAUUCCCACUACCACAACCAUUCCCAAUCCCACUACCAUGCACACUCCCACUCCCAUUCCCACUGCCACUCCCACUGCCACUACCAUUCCCAUUCCCACUCCCACUCCCACUACCAUUCCUAUUCCUAUUCCCACUCCCACUCCCACUACCACUACCACUACCACUACCAUUCCCACUCCCACACCCACUCCCACUCCCACUCCCACUACCAUUCCCACUACCACAACCAUUCCCACUACCACAACCAUUCCCAAUCCCACUACCAUGCACACUCCCACUCCCAUUCCCACUGCCACUCCCACUGCCACUACCAUUCCCAUUCCCAUUCCCACUCCCACUCCCACUCCCACUCCCAUUCCCACUCCCACUCCCAUUCCCAUUCCCACUCCCACUCACACUCCCACCCCCACUCCCACUCCAAUUCCCACUCCCACUCCCACUCCCACUCCCAUUCCCACUACCAUUCCCACUCCCACUCCCACUCCCACUCCCACUACCAUUCCCACUACCACAACCAUUCCCACUACCACAACCAUUCCCAAUCCCACUACCAUGCACACUCCCACUCCCAUUCCCACUGCCACUCCCACUGCCACUACCAUUCCCAUUCCCACUCCCACUCCCACUACCAUUCCUAUUCCUAUUCCCACUCCCACUCCCACUACCACUACCACUACCACUACCAUUCCCACUCCCACACCCACUCCCACUCCCACUCCCACUACCAUUCCCACUACCACAACCAUUCCCACUACCACAACCAUUCCCAAUCCCACUACCAUGCACACUCCCACUCCCAUUCCCACUGCCACUCCCACUGCCACUACCAUUCCCAUUCCCAUUCCCACUCCCACUCCCACUCCCACUCCCAUUCCCACUCCCACUCCCAUUCCCAUUCCCACUCCCACUCACACUCCCACCCCCACUCCCACUCCAAUUCCCACUCCCACUCCCACUCCCACUCCCAUUCCCACUCCCAUUCCCUCUCCCACUCCCACUCUCAUUCCCACUCCCACUCCCACUACCAUUCCCAUUCCCACUCCCAUUCCGACUCCCAUUCCCACUCCCACUCCCACUCCCACUCCUAUUCCCAUUCCCACUCCCACUCCCACUCCCACUACCAUUCCCACUCCCACUCCCACUCCCACUCCCACUCCCAUUCCCAUUCCCAGUUUGCUAUUCCAAGCUCCAGUCUGCCAUUUACUUCAUUCACUCCUCAGCUCGCUCCUGUCUUUCUCUCUCUCCAAUCUCAUUUUAGGAAAUUAAUCUUCCUGUCACCCUGGCACCAUCUCUAAUCGCCCCGUCCCCCCGACCUCCCGUC